AUGUUGAGGAUGUUUUUUGGUAAGGGAUUUUGCCUCGGAUUUAUGGCCGGCGUGGCUGCUAUAUUCCUGGCUCCUCACCUGCUGCUUGACCUCAGUAUCCUCUCCACGGCUCGCACUAGGUCUGGCAUUAUGCAACAUCUCGACAGCCGAGAGUGGCUUCAGAGAGGGCGGGAGGUGACAGACGACGAGCUCAGUCAGGGCGGGGAUCUAACGGGGCACACCCAUUCCAAAAGGAAAAUACUGAAAAUAGACUCGACAACGGUGGUGAAGCUCUCGCCGAAUCUUGACAUGGCCGAGGUUGACAAUCUCGUAUUCAUUCGCUCUCACACCACGAUACCGGUCCCUAGAGUAUUGAACGCCUACGAGAAGGAGGGAUGUCGGUACAUUGUCAUGGAGUUUAUUGAUGGAGAGAAUCUCAAGGGAGUCUGGCCAAAGCUUUCCGUUGAAGAUCGUGAAUCCAUAUGCUCCGAACUACAUGAGUACCUCUUUCAAAUGCGCAACAUCCCGGCACCAGAAGCCUUGAUCGGUUCUGUUUCGGGCGGCCCAGCCCCUGUUCACCAGGAUAUUUACGAAGCCAUGCAUCGGACAGACCACGAGAUUGUGUUCAGUCAUGGAGAUCUUGCAUUUCACAACAUAUUGGUUCGUGAUGGCCAUAUCGCCGCCAUUCUCGAUUGGGAAUACGCCGGAUGGUAUCCCGAACAUUGGGACUUUUGCCAGUCCCUCCAGUUCUUUGGGGGGAUAGACGAGCACUACCAGUUUGCCAAGAAGGCGUUUGGCAAAACAUAUCUGAGCGAGGCUUUAAUGGACAUGUGGUUCACUCGAGGGGUCAAGCAUGGCGGGUGGUAG